GUGUUGGUGUUUAGUGGUGGUGUUUUAGUGGUGGUGUUUUAGUGAUGGUGUUUUAGUGGUGGUGUUUUAGUGGUGGUGUUUUAGUCCUGGUGUUUUAGUGGUGGUGUUUUAGUGGUGGUGUUUUAGUCCUGGUGUUUUAGUGGUGGUGUUUUAGUGGUGGUGUUUUAGUGGUGGUGUUUUAGUGGUGGUGUUUUAGUGCUGGUGUUUUAGUGCUGGUGUUUUAGUGGUGGUGUUUUAGUGCUGGUGUUUUAGUGGUGGUGUUUUAGUGUUUUAGUCCUGGUGUUUUAAUGGUGGUGUUUUAGUGGUGCAGUUCUGUGCUUGUUGUGCGUGUUGUGCGAUCAGCACCAUGGACCCCAAACUGUGCCCCACACAAGGGUUUCCCAAACUCGGUCCACAUUUUUUGUUUUGACACUAAGCACUACACUGAUGCUCGAAUAAUCAAAGCUUGAUGCUGAGUUGCUUAUUUGAAUUAGCUGUGUAGUGCUUGAAUCCAAACGUGUAACCAAGGGCAACGCUGCAGGACACACACAUGCAGCUGAAUUGUUUGUGUUGUCCUCCUGACCGUGUGUGUGAGAGUGUUGUUGUCUGAGACUUUGAGUUUGUCUGCACCAUGUCUGAUAGGAAGAAAGAGAGAGUGAGAGAAGUGCCAGGCAGGGCCGAGGGUAACGUUUGUGUUUAUAAACCCCAGCUCAGGGUAACGUUUGUGUUUAUAAACCCCAGCUCUGAGUAACGUUUGUGUUUAUAAACCCCAGAUCAGAGUAACGUCUGUGUUUGUAAACCCCAGAUCAGCGUAACUUCUGUGUUUAUAAACCCCAGCUCAGAGAAACGUUUGUGUUUGUAAACCCCAGCUCAGGGUACCGCUCGGGUUUAUGAACCCCAGCUCUCAUGUCGUGGGCGGGGACACCAAUUGGAGAGAGUCCGAGGGAGUGAGAAGACCAGACAGAAAUAGGGAGAGAGAGACUGAGAGAGACAGAGAGAGAGAGAGAGACAGAGAGAGACAGAGAGAGAGAGACAGAGAGAGGAGAGAGAUAGACAGAAAGAGAGAGAGAGAGAGAGAGACAGACAGACAGACAGACAGACAGACAGACAGACAGACAGACAGAAAGAGGGAAAGAGAGAGAGAGAGAGAGAGAGAGGAGAAGACAUGGCGGUGUCAGGUUAACAGGGGGUUGCAGCUGAUGCCCUUGCAUGCAUCUCCAUCUCUCCAUCUCAGUGUGCCCAUGGACGACCACCUCAGCCUCCUGCAAUCCCCACCUCAUUCUGUUACCAAGACCCAUCGGGACCACCCCAACCUGCGGAUCCGCGACACCCUUGUGAACCACGGAUUCACGGAGACAGACAUCGCCGUGACGAUGGUCGUGGCAUGCGGAGGAGACAACAUGCUGGAGGAGUCGGGAGCUUUACCAGGUCACCACUCUCUGGACCGGUACGAACGGAACCAACCGGACCACGAGGGCUGCGAGCGCGUAGUCGUCAGCAUCUCCGGGCUGCGCUUUGAGACUCAGCUGAAGACCCUCUCCCAGUUCCCUGAAACUCUGCUGGGGGACCCCAACAAGAGGAUAAGGUACUUUGACCCUCUGAGGAACGAGUAUUUCUUUGACAGGAACCGCCCCAGUUUUGACGCCAUCCUCUACUACUACCAGUCGGGCGGGCGUAUCAGGAGACCCGUCAACGUGCCCAUAGACAUCUUCUCUGAGGAGAUACGCUUCUAUGAGCUGGGAGAGGAGGCCAUGGAGAAGUUCCGAGAGGAUGAGGGUUUUAUUAAGGAAGAGGAGAGACCACUACCCGACAACGAGCUGCAGAGAAAGGUGUGGUUGCUGUUUGAGUACCCUGAGAGCAGUGGUCCGGCGCGGGUGAUAGCCAUCGUCUCCGUCCUCGUCAUCCUCAUCUCCAUCGUCAUCUUCUGCCUGGAGACGUUACCGGAGUUCAGGGAGGACCACAAGGAGCCAGUCCCGUUGGCCCCCGUAACUAACGGCACCGAGCUAUACUUCUCCUCUCCUUUCUCCGAACCGUUCUUCGUGGUGGAGACGCUGUGCAUCAUCUGGUUCUCCUUUGAGCUGCUGGUCCGGUUCUUCGCCUGUCCCUCCAAGGCCACCUUCUCUAGGAACAUCAUGAACAUUAUAGAUAUCGUGGCCAUAAUACCAUAUUUUAUAACGCUGGGCACGGAGCUGGCAGAGCAGCAGGGGAAUGGGCAGCAGGCCAUGUCCCUCGCCAUCCUCAGGGUCAUCCGUCUGGUCAGGGUGUUCAGGAUCUUCAAGCUGUCCAGACACUCCAAGGGGCUCCAGAUCCUGGGCCAGACCCUGAAGGCCAGCAUGCGGGAGCUUGGCCUCCUCAUCUUCUUCCUCUUCAUUGGAGUCAUCCUCUUCUCCAGUGCUGUUUACUUUGCAGAGGCCGAUGACCCAGAUUCCGGCUUCAGCUCCAUCCCAGACGCCUUCUGGUGGGCCGUGGUCACCAUGACUACCGUUGGCUACGGCGACAUGCACCCAAUUAGCAUAGGCGGGAAGAUUGUUGGCUCUCUCUGCGCCAUCGCUGGCGUGCUGACCAUCGCCCUGCCCGUCCCCGUCAUCGUGUCCAACUUCAACUACUUCUACCACCGGGAGACGGAGGGGGAGGAGCAGACGCAGUACCUCCACGUGGGCAGCUGUCAGCCACUGGCGGCCGAGAUGGACGAAGGGCAGGGGGUGAGGAAGAGGAGCAGCUCUUCAUUGCUCAGUAAGAGUGAGUACAUGGUAAUAGAGGAACACAGAGCACUGAACAGCAGUACCUUCAAACAGCAGCAGAACUUCUCAACGACAACCGCUGCUACCAUGACAACCGUGACACACAACAUCACAGCGAACAGCGUCAGCAUUAGCAAGAAGAUCUUUACAGAUGUCUAGUCUACGGUGUCGUAACGGACUCGUGGACGAAUGGACUGUCUGUAGAGCUUUAACAGCGGCAUAAAGCGCUUUAGGUUAUAUGGGGAUGAACUCAGCUCAUCCACCAUCACUGCCUCAGGCCCCCAGUACCUAAUGGGGAUAUGAUAUGAGAUACAUGUAUAUGAUGUAGACAUACCACCGGGCUGUAUACUCUGACUUUUACAAUACAACAGCCAGUAUGCAUUUCUGUCUGGAGACCGAGAUAUUCAGCUACAGAGCUAUAUUUAGCCAUGUCUAGAGACAGAGAGAGACAGCUACAGAGCUAUAUAACCAUGCCUGGAGACAGAGAGAGACAGCUACAGAGCUAUAUAACCAUGUCUGGAGACAGAGACAGCUACAGAGCUAUAUAACUAUGCCUGGAGACAGAGAGAGACAGCUACAGAGCUAUAUAACCAUGUCUGGAGACAGAGAUACCCAGCUACAGAGCUGCAUAAACAUGUAUGGAGACAGAGAUGCCCAUCUACAGAGCUGCAUAAACAUGUAUGGAGACAGAGGUUCCCAGCUACAGAGCUGCAUAAACAUGUAUGGAGACAGAGGUUCCCAGCUACAGAGCUGCAUAAACAUGUAUGGAGACAGAGAUGCCCAUCUACAGAGCUGCAUAAACAUGUAUGGAGACAGAGGUUCCCAGCUACAGAGCUGCAUAAACAUGUAUGGAGACAGAGGUUCCCAGCUACAGAGCUGCAUAAACAUGUAUGGAGACAGAGGUUCCCAGCUACAGAGCUGCAUAAACAUGUAUGGAGACAGAGGUUCCCAGCUACAGAGCUAUAUAACCACGCCUGGAGACAGAGAUACCCAGCUACAGAGCUAUAUAAUCAUGUCUGGAGACAGAGACAACUCCAGAGCUGUAUAACCAUGCUGGAGAAAGAGACAGCUACAGAGCUGCAUAAACAUGUCUGGAGACAGAGAGAGACAGCUAUAGAACUAUAUAACUAUGCCUGGAGACAGAGACAGCUACAGAGCUGCAUAAACAUGUCUGGAGACAGAGAUACCCAGCUAAAGAUCUGUAUAACCAUGUAAGGAGACAGAGACAACUACAGAGCUAUAUAACCAUGUCUGGAGACAGAGAUACCCAGCUGCAGAGCUUUAUAACCAUGUCUGGAGACAGAGACAGCUACAGAGCUAUAUAACCAUGUCUGGAGACAGAGAGAGAGAGCUAUAUAACUAUGUCUGGAGACAGAGACAGCUACAGAGCUAUAUAACCAUGUCUGGAGACAGAGAUACCCAGCUGCAGAGCUUUAUAACCAUGUCUGGAGACAACUACAGAGCUAUAUGCCUGGAGACAGAGACAGCUACAGAGCUAUAUAACUAUGUCUGGAGACAGAGAGAGAGAGAGCUAUAUAACUAUGUUUGGAGACAGCUACAGAGCUAUAUAACUAUGUCUAGAGACAGAGAGAGAGAGAGCUAUAUAACUAUGUCUGGAGACAGAGAGAGAGAGAGCUAUAUAACUAUGUCUAGAGACAGAGAGAGAGAGAGCUAUAUAACUAUGUCUGGAGACAGAGAGAGAGAGAGCUAUAUAACUAUGUCUAGAGACAGAGAGAGAGAGAGCUAUAUAACUAUGUCUGGAGACAGAGAGAGAGAGAGCUAUAUAACUAUGUCUGGAGACAGAGAGAGAGAGCUAUAUAACUAUGUCUGGAGACAGAGAGAGAGAGAGCUAUAUAACUAUGUUUGGAGACAGCUACAGAGCUAUAUAACUAUGUCUAGAGACAGAGAGAGAGAGAGCUAUAUAACUAUGUCUGGAGACAGAGAGAGAGAGAGCUAUAUAACUAUGUCUGGAGACAGAGAGAGAGAGAGCUAUAUAACUAUGUCUGGAGACAGAGAGAGAGAGAGCUAUAUAACUAUGUCUGGAGACAGAGAGAGAGAGAGCUAUAUAACUAUGUCUGGAGACAGCUACAGAGCUAUAUAACUAUGUCUGGAGACAGAGAGAGAGAGAGCUAUAUAACCAUGUCUGGAGACAGAGAGAGAGAGCUAUAUAACUAUGUCUAGAGACAGCUACAGAGCUAUAUAACCAUGUCUAGAGACAGCUACAGAGCUAUAUAACCAUGUCUGGAGACAGAGAGAGAGAGCUAUUUAACUAUGUCUGCUCAUCGCAGAAACAAGCAGCUUUCCGUGUGUUCCAUUCACAGAAAAAGAAUGCCUCAUUCAAAUGAAUAGAUUCUACGGUGUAAUCUGUGUGUAGGGGCUGGAGAGACAGAGGUGGACUGUGCUUAUUCCACCUCUGGGCACUUAGUCGUCUGUUGUUCAGUCAAUCCAGAUACUCAUCUAUUGGUUUAGUGAUUAGUCAAUCACUACACAGGCAAUAUAAAACACCAGAGAUUUAGAUGGAAUAUAAAACACUAGAGAUUUAGAGGGAAUAUAAAACACCAGAGAUUUAGAGGGAAUAUUAAACACUAGAGAUUUAGAGGGAAUAUUAAACACUAGAGAUUUAGAGGGAAUAUUAAACACUAGAGAUUUAGAGGGAAUAUUAAACACUAGAGAUUUAGAGGGAAUAUAAAACACUAGAGAUUUAGAUGGAAUAUAAAACACCAGAGAUUUAGAGGGAAUAUUAAACACUAGAGAUUUAGAGGGAAUAUUAAACACUAGAGAUUUAGAUGGAAUAUAAAACACCAGAGAUUUAGAGGGAAUAUAAAACACUAGAGAUUUAGAGGGAAUAUUAAACACUAGAGAUUUAGAGGCAAUAUAAAACACCAGAGAUUUAGAGGGAAUAUAAAACACUAGAGAUUUAGAGGCAAUAUAAAACACCAGAGAUUUAGAGGGAAUAUAAAACACUAGAGAUUUAGAGGGAAUAUAAAACACUAGAGAUUUAGAGGGAAUAUUAAACACUAGAGAUUUAGAUGGAAUAUAAACCACUAGAGAUUUAGAUGGAAUAUUAAACACUAGAGAUUUAGAGGCAAUAUAAACCACUAGAGAUUUAGAUGGAAUAUUAAACACUAGAGAUUUAGAUGGAAUAUAAAACACUAGAGAUUUAGAGGGAAUAUAAAACACCAGAGAUUUAGAGGGAAUAUAAACCACUAGAGAUUUUAACUCUCCAUUAGUCUCCAAUACUACAGCACUCUAGUGUGUAUUAAGGAUUUACAGGUAUGUGUUCAUUAUUAGGAAACGUCAAAGUUCCUCACAUGGCAGAGGGUUCAUUGUAGAGACAUACAGAUCACACACACACACACACACACACACACACACACACACACACACACACACACACACACACACACACACACACACACACACACACACACACACAGACACACACACACACACACACACACACACACACACACACACACACACACACACACACACACACACACACA